GUCUCGCAUGCUGGAGGUCAAUGACCACGGAGAAGACAUCGUCGCCAUGGCCCAAUUCGCGGAGGUUCUGGACACAGUGCGGCUGGCCCUGAGCUGGGCCUCACCUGCCGAGGUCCGAGCCCUGCUGGAGGGUUUGGUGGAGGACCGGAUCAUCUCGGAGGCCUACAGCAGGAGCUUGAGUCUGCAUCGACCGGCUCACGGCGAGACAGGAUGUAAACCAGGUUUGGACUGGAUGAAUUCUCCAUGCUCGGACACCCGCCGGUACCCCAACAAAGGUCAGUCGGUUGAGGUGAGCUGCCAAGAGUCUUCCAUCACUCUCCCCAGCCACACAAGAUCAGAGCCUGUUUCACCAACGGAUGGACAAACCGGCGCAAGCUCCAGGCCAGAAACUGACCCACUGGACUGGAUUGAAGAACACUACCUUUCUACACCCAGCUACCAACACGGCGUCGGGUUAGAAGAUGAAAUGACGAAAUUGCUUAGACAUGCAGAAUCAGUGCAGACGCCUGCAAGUGAUAGUGAAAGAAUGAAAAGGGGGAAUUUAGAGGAUGAGAAGGAGUGGUUAGAGCAGGUAGAGGAGGAGGCUAGACGGAUAGCUGUCCCCGUGUGGCAGCACUGGGACAGAGGACGGAGGAUGUUGCUGCCCUUGGUUCCUUCUCUGACAGCAAGUGAAAACACAGCGACAUCCAGUGAGGCACAAUGCUCUGCUUUGAAUAUGGAGGGGGAAACAGAGCUUGCAGUGGCUUGCAGAACACUGGAUUUGUAUGCCGACAAGUUCAACUGUACAGACCUAAACUUCACUCUGGAUACAGGAGCCACCGACACGCCGAAGGGCCUCGGUUUCUCUGCGUACAACAGCACGGCGACAACCGGAUGGGAUCUUUUGGAUGCCUCACCUGUUGAAGCCUGUGCAGCAACAGACACAAUCGGCGGCAUCACAGACAGGUUGGAGGACGGUCUCGAUGGCUGCUGGGUAGCUGACGGGACGACAGGUGCGACAGAGGACCUGCUCUGUUUGACCGCAGGUGCACAAUGUGGCUUUCCAGGACUGGAAGAAGAUAUUGGACAUUUAUUGUCUUCCUGUGAACAGACAGACGCUCAUACCAACGCACAAGAUAACUCACUUUACUCCAACAUGGAUCAUAGCCCGUCGAUCAGUGUUCUAGAAGAUGUUUUCAGGGUUGCUGAUGGCACAGACACAUGCAGCAGUAACGGCAUAGCAGACUUCCACAAGGAUAAAGAGGAAGAGGAGAUGGUGGAUCCUCAGUGGAGUGCCAAGAUGCAGGAAGUGGAUCAGGACCCGUUUGUGGGUCCUGACUUCGGAAAUCUCCAAGGUGCCAAGGUGCAGGAAUAUGAUCUGGACCCAUACACUGGUCUUGACUUGGGAGAUCUACCAGAUGAUUUGACAGAAUUCCUUAAUGAGGAUUUCCUGGGGAAGUUAAUUGACCCAGAUGAGCUUUUUGGCAUCUUUGGUGACCCUUUGUUGAAUUGUGAAGAUCAGCUCAACAGCUGCAGUGAUGUUCCCUUGCCACCCGAGCUGCCCGGCCCAGACAGCCACCAGCAGGGACAGGCGGGCAAAGCGAGUAACAAGAGAAAAAGGCCCAAAGUUUCACGACCCCAGCGGUGUUCUGAUGAGACUACACCAUCGAGGCCCAAAAGGCGAAAAGUAGCAGGUCGACCAAAAAACAAUGAGGCACAAGCUGAGCCAACUGUUGACCAAGGUGUUGACACAGGACCACCAAGUCCAACACCAAGUGCAGCAGAGAUGACGGGCCUCUCCACAACUCCACCAAGAAUCGUUCAUCUCCAUCCCUCCAUUCGGUUUAUCACCAUCCCAGACUCGUCAGGGUAUCAGGUUGUUCAGACACUAAGGCUCUCCCCGUCGGUCAUUAAAUUUCCACUCCCCAGUGCAUCUGCUACACCUGCUUACAUAUUUGUUCCUGCUGCUCCACCACCCUGCAAACACCAAUUGCCACCCCUCUCUCCCGUGGAUGGUGCAGUAGCGCCAGUCCAAAUGAGUUCAUCCCCACCAGGAUCUCUAUCAGACACUGCUAGCAAGGCCAUGUCUCCCACUUGUGCCUCACCUGUCUCCCCUAGCAGUGAGAUGUCUCCAUGUAAGGAUUCGCCUCUUCCUCAGUCUCCCACCGUCCUUGACAUUCCACAGGUUGUAAAGGACCACAUUCAGGAAGCUAAAGCAUACAUGAGUCAAACCUGUCAGGAUAUGGAGGCGGGCCUUAGUUUGUCCUCUCAUUACGUGGACGUCCAAAUGAGCCAGAGAGAGACAUUUCGCUCUGGAAAAAACACAAGCAAAUUCCUGGACAAGGAGAUAAUUGUCAUGGGAGAUACAGAUCGGCAAAAAAGCUUGUUGGGACGGGGACAGAUCUUCGAGGGCCCAAAUGGAGACAAACCCAAACGCUACAUAGUGCUUCUUGGCAAUGCUGGCAUUGGUAAAACCACGCUGAUCAGAAGGCUGUGUCUUGACUGGUCGAGAGACUGUAUCCCACAGUUUGACUUUGUCUUCUUACUAGACGGCAAAGCACUAAAUUUAUCAGAGCCGACCUUUAGCCUUCAGACCCUGCUAUUAAACAUCUCCUCUUUUGCCCCUCCCUGCUUGGACCCAGACGCAGUGUAUGCUCAGAUCCUUGCAGCCCCUAAGCGUGUGCUCAUCAUUUUUGAUGGGUUUGACCAGUUGCGUGACUAUGAAACCCUUCUCCAGACUCAAGAAAAAGACUUGAUCACAUCCUUGCAGAGGGACAGUAAAGCACAGACAUACACAGUAAGGCAGUUAUACUCAGCCAUCCUUCAAAGGGUCCUCCUUCCAGGCUGCACUCUUUUGCUCUCUACCCGACCAAGAGGCACUGCAACCCAGCUUCUCCGGCGGACGGACAGCUUCUUGGAGGUGUGCGGCUUCACCCCUGCAGACAUAGAGACGUAUUUGUCCAAGUACUUCACCGAUCCUGCCCUCAGAGCAUCUGCUUUGGACAACUUAAAAAGCUGCAGCUACCUACAUCUCUUCUGCUGGAACCCUGGAGUAUGUCGGUUGGUCUGCUUGGUUUUAGAACAGUUUAAAGGUUCAGAGUGCCUACCGCGAACUUUAACUGGGCUCUGCCAUCAAGUGCUGCAACUGAAAAUGAAAGAGGACAGUAAAACUGUGCAGGCACAGGCUGAACCUGAAACAGAAAUAUCUGUGGAGGAAACCACCACCCAGAACACGUGCCAGAGGAAAGCUCGGACGAAGUCCAGGGCACAGGGCAGCACUCGCACCCAACGAGCAAGGAGGGCAAAGAAUCAGGAGAAAGAAGAAGAAGAUGUAGAGGAGAUGAAAAGUGUUGGUGAGGAGGUAUAUAGGACAGAGGAGAGAGAGUUGCUGUCCCAGCUGAGUGCCUUGGCCUGGGAUGGUGUCAAAGCAAACUCCUCAGUGCUCGUUUCAGGAAGGACUAUAUCUACCAAACUCAAGGCAUUUGGCCACAGGACAGGGCUUUUCCUCUCUUAUGACUUGAGAACGAGGCAGGUUGUCUCAAAUGGUGAGACAAAGGGAGCAGGAAAAAAGGGCAGUGAAGAAAUGGGAAGAGGAGUAAAAGGAGACAGUGCGAGGAAGGAGACUGGUGUUGGUGAUGACCUCAUCCUCUUGUGGGCCAGUCCUUUCCUUCAGAGUUACUUGGCAGGGGUCCAUUUGUCUAUGUCAAGGACUGUAACAGAUCGGAACUUCAUCCUGAGUCUUCCGUUCCAGUCAGGCCCAAAGGGACGUCGGCGCCCUCAAAGGGAGGAGCUAGAGCUCACCCAGCGCUUUGCAGUCGGCCUUCUGUUCCACAAGAGGACAGAACUGCAGAGGCUUGACUCGUGCACGGAGACUGCCUUUAGAGAUAUGGUUAGCAACAAGCAGGCUUUAGUAACAAAACACCUUGAAGGUCUGUCACAUGGGGACUUAAGUCCUGCCCAGGUCCUGGAGUCUUGCCACUAUGUUUAUGAGGCAAGUUCCACACAUGGCGAUGACAGCAGAGACAGUGCCAGCGCACGACUAGUUGCUCACCUGGCAACAAAUCUUCCAGAAGUCCUGACAUUUCAUGGAGUUCCACUCAACCCAUCAGACGUGUUCGCCGUGCAGAACAUUCUCAAAAUAGGGGGAACCGAAGGAAGAAGUUUUUGUUUGGAUCUGGAGGAUUCUGGGAUACAGAUCUCUGGACUCAAAGCUCUGGUGGGGCUCAACAACAUCAACACAUACAGGGCCUGCAUUGCCGAUGUCAUCACCUUAUGGGAGCAGCUGCAGCAGAGUGGUGAAGAAGAGCUCCAGCAAGGCGCGGUGUCCAAAUUCAAGAUUCACCCCCUGAAAGCCACACAAGUUUGCCACAUAGAGCACCUGGCAAAACUGGUGAACAUACACAUGCACAAGAGGCUGUCGGACAGUUCCAGCCAGUUUGACUCCAUUUUGGCAGAGGGGGUACCAGCUGUCAAAGACUUGCACAAGCUGGAGUUUGAGCUCGGUCCAGACAAUGGUAUCCUGGCUCUUCCCAAGCUGUGGGAGCUGCUGCCAGGUCUACAUAACCUACAGCGCUUAGAUCUGGAGAACUGUAAGUUAGGGGACAAAGGAGCAGAGAAAUUGGCUGAUGCUUUGGUCUCACUCCGUUUCCUGGAGAUACUCAAUCUGUCACAGAAUUGCAUUGGGGACCAGGGGGUGAAGAAACUGGCAACCGUGCUGAGGGAUCUGCCCAAACUGCACUGUUUAAGUCUUUACAGCAAUGAGAUUUCUGAUGUAGGGGCAGAGAGUCUAGCAGCUGUCCUGCCACACGUGGCUUCCCUCACCGACCUGGACGUCAAGUACAACAAGCUCACAGAUGUGGGCGCGCAGAGUCUGGGAGUCAGUCUGAGAAACUGCACACGGAUGAAGACUUUGAGGCUGUGGAACCAGUGUAUUCCGUAUGGAGUGUUCGAGAGACUCCAGCAGCAGGACAGCCGCAUCCUUUGGCAUUAGAAAACAAGAUGGAACCUCUUUACUAUAAGGCUGUGGACUAUUUAUUCCUGCGCCCGGUGCUCACAGGUUUACACUACACACCACACGGUUUUUUCUGGACGGGAACAGGAAACGACAGAGGGAGAGAGAGAGAGAGAGAGAGAGAGAGAGAGCACUAAAACAAGCACAAACUGGAGGGAUCUGCUGCUUUAUUGCCAAGUCCUCUCAAAGAUCCCAUUCAUCGCUGUCAGGAAAUCAUUUUUUGGGGGGGAUUCUUUGGAAAUCCAACGUACUGCAUGUGCUCAAGAGGGUGUGGUUAUGCUUGGUACAAAUUCAAGAAGAACAUUUGCACAAUUUUAUUCCUCAUGACGCUGGCAAGUUUGGUGCCAUGCAUAGAUUUUUCUGCCUCGUGUGUGUUUUUGGUUUUUUUUUGCGCAUGUGACACAAACAGUAUUUUUUUUUUUGUCGGCACUCCUUCUGCAGCUGUACAUUUGGCAGUUUGCUUAACGAUCACAGGGCACUUUAAUGUAAAUAAAAGGUUUCAUCUUGUCAA